CCCCAUUUACUCGCUCUCUCUUUUUUCUCUCUGUGCUGACUUUCGAGUCUCCAACCCGACUCAUCCAUCACUUCUUCCCAAAUGGGCAACUGCAACGGCCUCCCGUCGGCCUCCGGACAACCUCCGGCCACCGGAUCCACUGCCGGACCUCCCGACCGUCCUCCUCCUCCUCCUCCAGCUCCCACCAAUGGUUCCAUCACCGUCCUCCCCUCCGCCAAGCCAUCCCCACCUCCUGCCCCCCGCCCGAUGUACGGCCGUGUUCUUGGCCGUCCGAUCUCCGAUGUUCGCGAGUUCUACACCUUCGGCCGUGAGCUUGGUCGUGGCCAGUUUGGCGUCACGUACUUGGCCACCGAUCGGCGGACGGGCGAGCGGCUUGCCUGCAAGUCGAUCGCCACGAGGAAGCUCGUCAACCGUGAUGACAUCGAGGAUGUGCGGCGCGAGGUGCAGAUCAUGCACCAUCUGACCGGCCACCGCAACAUCGUCGAGCUGAAGGGAGCGUACGAGGACCGGCACUCGGUGCACUUGGUGAUGGAGCUCUGCGAGGGUGGGGAGCUCUUUGAUAGAUUAUCACUAAAGGGCCACUACUCGGAGCGAGCUGCCGCUGCGCUGUGCCGUGAGAUCGUCACUGUUGUGCAUAACUGUCACUCCAUGGGGGUCAUGCAUCGGGACCUCAAGCCGGAGAACUUUUUGUUUCUUAGCAAAGAUGAGAACUCUCCGCUCAAGGCCACGGACUUUGGUCUUUCCGUUUUCUUCAAGCCUGGAGAUGUAUUCAAAGACCUUGUUGGCAGUGCAUAUUAUGUUGCUCCUGAGGUAUUGAGGCGGAAUUAUGGUGCAGAGGCUGAUAUUUGGAGUGCUGGUGUUAUACUUUAUAUCCUUCUUUGUGGUGUUCCUCCUUUUUGGGCUGAGAAUGAACAGGGUAUAUUUGAUGCUGUUUUACGUGGCCAUAUUGAUUUCUCAUCUGAUCCUUGGCCUUCCAUAUCAAGUGGAGCAAAAGAACUUGUUAAAAAGAUGCUUCGGCAAGAUCCAAAAGAGAGGCUUUCUGCGGUUGAAAUUUUGAAUCAUCCAUGGGUUCGAGAAGAUGGUGAUGCUUCUGAUAAGCCAAUUGAUAUCACGGUCUUGAGCAGAAUGAAGCAGUUUAGGGCCAUGAAUAAACUUAAGAAAGUGGCGUUGAAGGUAAUUGCGGAAAAUCUUUCUGAGGAGGAAAUCAUCGGUUUGAAAGAAAUGUUCAAAUCUAUGGAUACUGACAAUAGUGGAACAAUAACUUUUGAGGAACUAAAAGCUGGUCUGCCAAAAUUAGGCAGCAAGCUUUCAGAAUCUGAAGUUCGACAACUGAUGGAAGCGGCUGAUGUGGAUGGAAAUGGGACCAUUGACUAUCUUGAGUUUAUAACAGCCACGAUGCACAUGAACAGAAUGGAAAAAGAGGACCAUUUAUACAAGGCUUUUGAGUAUUUUGACAAGGAUAAGAGCGGUUACAUCACAAUGGAGGAGUUAGAGCAAGCUCUCAAGGAGUACAACAUGGGUGAUGAGAAAACAAUAAAAGAGAUCAUUGCAGAAGUUGACUCAGAUCACGAUGGACGGAUAAACUAUGAUGAAUUUGUAGCAAUGAUGAGGAAAGGUAACCCGGAAAUGGUUCCUAACCGUAGACGCAAAUAGUAUCAGCGUCCAUUUUCUCUUGUUUGUUUGUGGAGCAUAUCAAGCAGAUAAAAUUUUCUCAAACCCAUGAAUGUAAAAAGACGGUCAGCUGAGAAUACAUAUCCAUCUUGAGCAGCAUUUCAUCCUCUGUAGUUGAAGAACUGAACCGUGGUUGAAGACUUCUGUUCUCCGGGAAAAGUUUCUACUACAAAUAUGAGUUGCAUGCAAUGUUGCUGGUGUGUGAUUGUUCUCCAUUUUCUAUACUGAAAACUAUGGCCGAUACUCUUCGAUGAGACCUAUGUUUCUUUGUACAUUAGUUUUUUUCUUAAUCUGUGGCAUCAGAAACUGUGAUAUUUUCAAAUCGAAUGCAGAUGAGAAUGUAAUUUCCUCUAUCACUUGAAGUUUGAUAUAUGGGCAUGGGUUUUGUUUGAUUGUGUUUC